AUGACAGGCUUUGGAUGGUUCGUGGAUAAUUUUUGGAUGCAAGCUAUAACCAUCAUUAGCCCUGCUGUCCGAAACGAAUUCAAGGUCAAGCGCAUCGCCUUCCUCACCCUCGCCAAAUAUGCUGGUCUCGUCGUCGGUUCUUCUGUGUGGCCCAUGACAGCCGACGUUAUCGGUCGCCGCUUGGCUUUCAACAUCACGCUCCUCAUAUCUUCCGUCACCAUAUUCGUUGCCUUUAUCGGCGUGGGUACCGGCGGCAAUCAACCUGUCGAUAGCGCUAUUUUCCUUGAAUACAUUCCCGCUACGCACCAGUAUCUUCUUACAAUGCAAUCGGCCUUCUGGUCUGUUGGUCAGGCUGCCACUGCUUUGAUUGCCUGGCCGCUUAUUGCGGGCUACUCAUGUAAACCUGACUCUGUUGCUGGCUGUACAUAUGGCAACAACUUGGGUUGGCGUUAUACUUUCUGGGCUUUUGGAGGUCUGACUAUAACCAUGUUCCUUCUUCGGCUUCUCUUUCGAGUAUACGAAACUCCCAAGUUCCUCCUCAGCAAAGGCAAAGAUGAGCAAGCUGUCGAUACUAUCCAGAAGAUCGCUGCCAGAGACGGAAAGACAUCGUGGCUUAUUCUUUCUCACUUUGAGAGCAUCGAUGCUGAGCUAAAUGCCACGAGCACCGGGCCUACCGUACCAGUCACUACCCACAAGGACAUCAUCAAGAGCAGCCUGGACAAGAUGACACCUGAUAAGAUCCGCGUCCUCUUCUCCACUCCUCGCACAGCUAUCUCUACAACCCUAAUGAUCUUCCUCUGGUGCUCCAUCGGAAUAGCCUGCCCUCUCUAUAAUUCCUUCAUUCCCAUCUACCUCGAGAACAAGGGUAUUGCCUCGGGAGCUAGCUCUACCAGAGGUGUGUACCGAAACUAUGCCAUCCAGGCUGUCUGCGGUAUCCCAGCUUCUCUACUCGGUGGUUUUACUGUGGACCUCAAGGGCAUCGGUCGAAAAGGCACAGGAACAAUUGCUUGCAUCUCAACUGGCGUCUUCUUGUUUCUAUUCACCAGGGCCACCACCCAGGCUGGUAUUCUAGGCUUUUCAUGCGCUAUCGCUUUCUUCCAAAAUCUGGUGUAUGGACUGCUGUACUCUUACACUCCCGAACUCUUUCCUGCUCCGGUUCGUGGCACUGCCAACGGUUUGGUCGCUAUGCUCAACCGACUGAGUGGCCUUAUUGCUCCUAUGAGUGCAGCAUAUGUUGGGAUAGAUAACGACUACCCCGUGUGGAUCUCGGCAGGCUUGUUUAUCUUGGCUGGACUGAUCUUUUUGGUCCUACCUUACGAGACACGAGGCCGUGCCGCGGCCUAG